UUGGUUAGCUUGACGUUGGCAGGAGGCUGCUGCUGAAUUCAGGGAACAAAAAUGGACAGUCAAGGGAGAAAAAUCGUUGUUUGUGACAAUGGAACCGGGUUUGUCAAGUGCGGCUUUGCAGGCUCCAACUUCCCCGAACACAUUUUCCCAGCGCUGGUUGGCCGGCCAAUCAUCCGCUCCACAGCUAAAGUUGGCAACAUUGAAAUAAAGGACCUGAUGGUGGGCGAUGAGGCCAGCGAGCUGCGCUCCAUGUUGGAGGUGAACUAUCCCAUGGAUAACGGCAUCGUCAGGAACUGGGACGACAUGAAGCACCUGUGGGACUACACCUUCGGCCCCGAGAAACUCAACAUAAACUCGCGCGACUGCAAGAUCCUUCUGACCGAGCCGCCCAUGAACCCCACCAAGAAUAGAGAAAAGAUUAUAGAGGUGAUGUUUGAAACGUACCAGUUUGAAGGAGUUUACAUCGCCAUCCAGGCUGUCCUCACUCUCUACGCUCAAGGGCUGCUGACUGGAGUGGUGGUGGACUCUGGUGACGGUGUGACUCACAUCUGUCCGGUGUACGAGGGCUUCUCGCUGCCUCACCUGACCCGACGUCUGGACAUCGCAGGAAGAGACAUAACACGCUACCUCAUCAAGCUGCUGCUGCUGCGAGGUUACGCCUUCAACCACUCUGCGGACUUUGAGACGGUGAGGAUGAUGAAGGAGAAGCUGUGCUACGUGGGUUAUAACAUCGAGCAGGAGCAGAAGCUGGCGCUGGAGACCACCGUGCUGGUGGAGUCGUACACGCUCCCGGACGGCAGGUUGAUCAAAGUGGGAGGGGAGAGGUUCGAAGCCCCCGAGGCUCUGUUUCAGCCUCACCUCAUCAACGUGGAGGGGGUGGGGGUGGCCGAGCUGCUCUUCAACACCAUCCAGGCCGCAGACAUCGACACCAGGUGAGUUCUACACACACAUCGUGUGUCG